AUGGGGCAGCCUCCGAAGCUUGAAACACCACCAGUGGCAUCCGCUUCAGAUCCCCUGAAUUCGGCGCCAGACGUCCAGCGACUACUCGAUAUAAAAAAAUCAUACCAAUACUGGCAGCAGCACAUGAAGUCGUCGGACAAAAACGGCAAGGACGGGAAGAAGGUUCCAUCUCAGAAGAACAACUCUCUACCUUCUGGAGGCGCCAGUUCGCUAACAAACAACCAAAACUUGUUCACAGAAAAGGAUAUGCUGUUUCUCAAAAGUCGUUUGGAUGAGAUUGUAUCGCGCGGGUUUAGACCCAAGUCUAAUGAGGUAGAUCAGCUUUUCGAAAGCUGCUUAGCGAUGGAUCUUCCACGCGAGAGUUUGGGAUUUGAUCCCUACGGUAACAAGGAUGAGGAAGGGUUGCACGAGGAGCUUUGUCUCACUGGGGAUGAGGAAGACCUUCAGGAUGACUACGAUAUAGAGGAAGUUCAGGAUGAGAAUAGACAUAUUUUGAGCCGACCGGGCGCCAUGCACCACAUCGAAAUUGAGCUCAAUGAUGGACCGCCGCGACUUGGCACCCCUGAUCCUAAUGAGCCUUCAUGUGAGUUCACGUUCGAAUACGAUGGUAAUGGAAAGCUCAUCCCUACAUCCAACAAUGUGGAGGAACAACUACGCCAGAUGAAUCUUGCGGCGCUGCUAGAUCUCGAUCUUAGUGUGGGCGGUAAGGCUGGCAAGAAGAAAAAGAAAAAGAAGAAGAAGCGGACGACCUCAGAGUGUUGCGAGCCCGCUGCUCUGGGCGCUAUCGACGAGAGCCUUUGUCUUUUCUGUCAAUAUGAGGCAUUCUAUGGCCAGAAACCAGUCCAUACCAAGCGCUGGUUGGAGAACAAAAUUGCUGCUGAUAUCGCCAGGCGGAGGAAACUAAAGGAGAAACUCGAGUCGGUCAAAAGAGCGCUGAUAGCAUCAGCUGUGAACCCCCCGGCGGCGAAUGAAGGAAUGGGUUCGGCAUCUACAGAGCAUCGUGAUCAUGGAGAAGAUCUGGAUUGUAGCUUAAAUACGGUGGUUGAUAAUUAG